GACUGACACUAGAGCACGCCGCGCCACCACCCUCUGCCCCCACCCACUGGCGCCCACGUCCUCCGUGCGCCGCCUCCUCUGUAUGGCACAAACUUUCCUCCCGGGACGCAACACGCUGUCUCAGGGAACCCGAGCCCGCGCCUUCUCCGUCGCCGGUCGCGAAAGCUGCUGAAAUGGGUUGCGGAUUGAACAAGUUCGAGAAGCGUGAUGAGAAGCGGCCUGGGAAUAUUUAUUCAACUUUGAAGAGGCCUCAGGUGGAAACCAAGGUGGAUGUGGCCUAUGAGUACCGCUUCCUAGAAUUCACGACUCUGAGUGCUGCGGAGCUCCCUCGGUCCUCUGCGGUGAGGCUGGCCUCGUUGAGGGACCUGCCUGCCCAACUUCUGGAGCUGUAUCAGCAGGGGUUCUCCCUGGCCACCCUGCACCCCUUUGUGCAGCCCACUCACAAGCAGGAGAAGAUGCCCCUUGAGCACAUCUUUAGAGCCAUCCUGAUCAAGAAAACUGACAGAUCUCAGAAGACUGAUCUUCACAAUGAAGGUUACAUCUUGGAAUUAGAUUGCUGUUCCUCCUUAGACCACUUGACAGACCAAAAAAUCAUCCCAGAGUUCAUUAAGAAGGUCCAGGAAGCUGCAAGUCGGGGCCUGAAGUUUGUGGGCGUCAUUCCUCAGUAUCACUCCCUUGGCGGCAGCCCUCUCACACCCACAGCCAACAGUGCCACAGAUGCCAGAGCUGUGAAAAAGGCACAUGGGGACCACCCAUCACUGGAGGACGAGAACCCAGGGGCUGCAGACGUGUGUGUUGCUCCCUCAGGGAUGGACGGAAGCCCAGAGCCCGGCCCAGGCCACACAGGGGACCUGCCUUUCAUUGAGGAGCCCAGCUUAUCCUCUGGAGAAUUUUCCCCACAGGGAAUGAGUCCUAUACUGGAUGGACCAGAUGGUGGCCCGUCGGAUACACAUGCAGGGCUGCUCUCUAGGAAAAUGGAGAUCUUUGCCCUUUUCAAUAAACCGAAGAGCCAUCAGAAGUGCCGGCAAUACUAUCCUGUUACUAUUCCUCUCCGGGUCUCCAAGAAUGGCCAGACGGUGAGCAGUUUGGAUGCCAACUGGUUGGAGCACAUGAGUGACCACUUCCGGAAAGGAGGCGUGCUGGUGAAUGCAGUCUUCCAUCUUGGAAUGGCAAAUGAUUCCUUACACGGCUUGACAGAUGGAGUAUUCAUCUUUGAAGCUGUUUCCACAGAAGAUAGCAAAACCAUACAGGGCUAUGAUGCUAUUGUUGUUGAACAAUGGACAGUCCUGGAAGGCGUGGAGAUUCAGACUGACUACGUGCCCCUGCUGAACUCACUGGCAGCCUAUGGCUGGCAGCUCACCUGUGUGCUACCGACUCCCGUUGUCAAGACUACCAGGGAAGGGAGCAUCUCCACCAAGCAGAUUGUCUUUCUUCAGAGACCAUGUCUACCUCAGAAAAUCAAGAAGAAGGAAUCAAAGUUUCAGUGGCGAUUCUCCCGAGAAGACAUACACAGCAGGCAGAUGAGGAAAUCCAAAGGCAAACUCAGUGCCAGAGACAAACGACUAGCAGAAGAAAACGAGAAGAAUUUAGAAGACCAGUUCUCUAAAGAUGGAGAUGUGGGAAACUGUGUGCUGGACAGGCAACAGGAGGAUGGUGCCUCUGAGAUGAUGAAGGUUCCUGUUCAAGAGGUCAGAGAAGAGAUGGCCCCUGCCAGCUAUCUGGGAGGGGAGCCUGCAGAGUGUGGGGCUGUGCAGAAUGGUCCUGCCAGCUUCACCAGGGCCCCGGUGGCCUACAGGCACUCCAAUCUGGGAGAGGAUGCUGGGAAUAGGGGUGCAGAGGAAGUUGCUGGAGAACCUGCUCCAGCAGAAGAAAACUGAGUCUUAGGCAGGUUACGCUAAACCGGAGGCAUCUUGCCAGCAGCCGGUUUGCCCUGGUGUUGUGUAUUACCCUUUGGCUUGACCUCUCCUUGUGAGCUCACCCAGGCCCUUCCAGGGCCGGUCUCUGACAGUGUUGGUUUCUGCACAUCUGAUUGGAGGGUGGCAUAAUGACCCUGUAUUAGAAUGCUAGGUCAGGUUACUUCCUUUAGACCUCAGGGUUGGAGGCCCAGCUCUGGCUCCACCACUCCUCCUGAGGGAGGGUCUGGACCAUCCAGUGCCUAUACCACCCGCAAAGGACCACCAGGGUGAAUCUGGGUCAAAUCUAUGGUCAUCCCUGGCUCUAAACCAAGGCUGUUGUUCCCUUCCCACCCUGCCAGAGCAGUAUCUGUCCCCUGCUGCUUUGCACAGCAGCUACCUGGUGACUUUUAACUACCCCCUGGAGCCCUAUGGGCUCUUCUCCAGCUAGACCCCUGCUGCUUUGGCAAAGAAAGUGACAACAUUGGGGAGGGGAGAUGUCCAGCCUCCUGGCUUUUCUCAAAACAGUCCUAGAUACUUGCAAUUUGGAAAUGAAGAGGUGAGUCUUUGUGCACCUACUCUUACAGAAUGUUUAAAGGUGUUCUGUGUUAGUAUUAAUGCCAAAAAAUUUUUUUUUGUAUUCAGCACAUCCUAGGAAUAUGUUACUUCUGUCAUUUCAGAGCAUCUAGGCUGGCUGGGUGCCAGUGUUAUGUGCUAUUUUAAUCAGUGUAUCAUUGGCCAAGUUGUUACCCAUGUAUGUUGUGUCUCAUGUGUUUAUAUUGUUCAGAAAGUAUUGCUAAGGCUUUAAGUAGACGCAUCUGGCAAACCUUGGAGAGAGAAUGCCGAUUGUCUUGACUGAAACAACAGCCUGUCUCUUCUCUUGUUUAGUUACUUAAAGCAAUAAAUCAUCUGAGUUUAG